CGUAACCUCACAUUUUGACACCCGAACGAUGCAACCAGUAAAAAAAGUUUUGAGCGCCCCCAUAGAGCUGUGAAGGCGGGACUAACUCGAACGUGCGCAAUCAUUUUUGCCAGGUGCCACAACGGACUGCCUCUGGCUCCAAUGAAAUAUCGGCAAGGCGAGAAAGACGGGCGCCGGGGCCAAUUGCUGAAGAGCGGGCGUGUCCGGCUCCCCUCCUUCAGUUUAAGUGAGGGCGGAAGAUGGCGGCGGCGGCGGCCGGGAUGGGUUCGGGGGUUCCGGACGGGGAACCCGAGGGUUCAAACCGCGACCGCAGCGCUUUCGAAUGCAACAUCUGCCUGGAGCCUGCCAGAGAAGCUGUCAUUGGGCUCUGCGGCCACCUGUACUGCUGGCCGUGUCUUCACCAGUGGCUAGAAACUCGGCCAGAACGCCAGGAGUGUCCUGUGUGCAAGGCAGGAAUCAGCCGGGACAAAGUCAUCCCUCUCUAUGGACGUGGAAGCUCCGCCCAGCAGGAUCCCAGGUUGAAGACCCCUCCUCGGCCACGAGGGCAGCGCCCAGAGCCGGAGUCCCGAGGGGGCAUGGGCGCCUUUCCUGACGCAGCCACUGGCUUCCACAUGGCAUUUGGCGUUGGCGCGUUCCCCUUUGGGUUUUUUGCCACUGGCUACAGUACCCCAGGAGAAAGGGCAGACGCAGAAGCUGCCCGUCCACCCAGCUGGCAGGAUUCGCUCUUCCUCUUCAUUGCCAUCUUCUUUUUCUUUUGGCUGCUUAGUGUCUGACUGGCUGGAGUCCGCUGGACUUGCCCUGUGCUAAAAAAGAAAGAAAGAAAAAAGCCUAUCAGAACAGGAUAGAAGGACUUUCAAACUAUGGGGAGGGGAAGGCAGAGCUGGGGCCUGGUGUUUCUCCCUCCUCAACCUUCCUCUUUGAUCCCCCUACACAGAAUUAAAAGUAUAAUAGGGUGACUUGGGGAGCUGAUGAUGCAAACAAGGUGUAUAUUUGUGUUCAAAGUUUAUCUGUGUGUAUGUGGGGGAGGGGGGGCAGGUAGGGAAAGUCAUAAUUAUCAAGGUGUUUUAAUUGUUUCCUCUAAUCGCCCUUGACUGAAGCUUUCCAAAGUUUGCCUGAAUUGCAGGUGGGCUGUGUAAAAAAUAAUAAUUGAGAAGAUGUAGAAGAAAGUAGCCAUCAGAAGCUGUGGGGCCCGGGAGCCAACUGUCGGUCCUCUGCUCGCUCUCUCCCCCCAACCCCCCCACGAUAUUUUGCUCACCUGCUUUCUCCCUCCUCGCAGGCCAGAGGGGUGGGGGAUGGGGCCUGUCACUUACUCAGUCACAUUAAUGGGACAAAAACCCACAUUUGCAGCCAGACCCACCCUCUUUUAACAGCUUCAAUGCAUCUCUUGGCAACUAGACCUCAAACAACAACAACAAAAUUGAGAUUUGUUCCUACCUGUAAGCUUACAAUGGCAUGAAAUGCUACGUAGCGGGGAAAGGGGGCGUUUUUACGAGGGGAAGAGAGCUGCCUCUUUUCUUUAUAGGGGCAAAAAGCCCACCACACUCAGCAAGUGUUGCGGUAGGGGGAGCAGAGGCAAGAAAAGUAGAGCAGCGGGGCGAUAAAGGUGGGCUAUGGCAAUGGAGGGGAAGGCGCCACAGGAAAAACACCUGGGCUUCUUUCUCUCCCCCCACCCCACUGCAUUCCUCCAACCACUGGGAGGGAAAUGGGCCUCAGGUGUGUUAAUUUAGCUGGUCACAAAGAAGUUCCUUGUGGUUAGUUUUAUGUACAAUAAUAAUAAUGUCCCACCCCCUUAAAAAAAAAAAGACUUCCAGAGAUGUAAGAAGCCACCUGCUUUUACAGACUGUUUUAUUUUCCAGGCUGGUGA